CGAGUAUAAAGCCCACAUCGAUCAGUAUUUAAACACCUGAUCCGUUGGGCGUUUUGGGGUGAGUUAAAAGCAAAAAUAGGUGUGCGUUAAUCAAGCAUGAAAAAGCCCGCCUUCUCUGAUCAGACAACGCAUGUGCAAGAUAUCUGGAGAUACACAACAUUAACAUAUUUAACAAACCAAUGUUAUCAGUAAGGCAUAUGGAAAUUAACACGUGCCUGUAGUAUUGAACACGUUAGUUGAAUAGAUGGAGGUUUGUUCACGCAUGUGUAGCCACACCCUUUCUAGCAAGGGCGCAUGCGUUUUUUCGAUCAUAAAAACAAAACUGAGACACAUGUAGGCAUGAUUAUUGGAUCGGAAAUUGAGACACAACUUCCGGAAGCCAAGAACCGCUCUCGAGGAAAGUGAAUAGUUGUGGCCCAUAAUAUCUUCGUAACAUAUUGCACUCAUUAUGGAACCGUUUUGGGAAUGCAUACACGACGAUCUAUAAUAGUUCAUCAUGACAUUCAGAAAUCGAUCUUGAUGUUGGAGUUCUGCAACCUUUCAAGAACGAGUUCAAUCGUUGGACUUUCUACGAAAUGAUGAGCGCCAUCUACGUCGGGGUUUGAAGCUACCAAUUCAGUGAGCCUUUUCUGGAGAGAUAUGAACAUUUCUGACGAACUAGAAGACCAAAUUAUCAAAGUAAUCAAAGAACAAACAUUUUAUGAAAUUUCCAACCAAGAAGUGAACUUUAUUCGCCGAUUACGUCACUGAUCUACCCCUUUUCAAGAGUAGAGACAAGAAGCUAGUGCCGUAACGAGAAAUAAAAACUUGACUCAAUUCUAGGCAUACUUUAUCAAUUUUCCGUUUCCCGCGGUUUCUCCACAGAAAGACAAUGAACAAAAUGGCUUCUGAAAAUGACAUCAUGAUGAAUUCGACAAAUAGCAGCGAGGGUAUAGAAGAAAUUCCUGAAGAUAACCAAAAGGUCUUCACUAUUGUUUUGUACGUUCUCGUUGGAUCUGUAGGCAUUCUGGGUAAUUCAAUGGUGUGCGUGGUAUUCAGUCUCGUAAGAUCACGGAGAAGUCAGGUGAAUCUAUUUAUUCUGCAUCAGGCCAUUGUCGAUUUGUGUACAUCGUGUUUGCUCAUCAUGUUCGGCAUCACGCAGCUCUAUCGGGAUGAAAUCAUGAAGACAUCUUACGAGCCUCUGAACGCAUCCUCACCAACCACCAACUCAUCGGAUCUCAUGGAUGAUGGAGCGAGCCAGGAAUAUGUCAAGGUGGCCAACAUCUCCCUCCCCUUGGCGGAGUUUAUGUGCCGGCUCUGGUGGGGCCGGGUCUUCCUCUUCUCCAUGUUUGCCAUCUCGACGUUCAACCUGAUGUCGAUGGCCAUCGAGCGCUACAUGGCCAUCAUGCACCCGUUCUUCUACGCGACGAAAUUUAAGCGACGUCACACCCUGAUUGUCAUCAUCAUGGCGUGGCUCUUCGCACCGAUUCUGCAGUACUUCCCACCGAUCUUCCAAUACGACGCGAUGGACGAUACACACGAGUGUGGCAUCCAGACGGACUUCUCUAAAACGGCCCAGGCUGCUAUAGGUAUCUGUCUCAUUAGCUGGGAGUUCAUCAUGCCAAGCAUCGUCAUGGGAUUUUCAUCUAUCAAGAUCUUCAGGGAGCUUCGGUACCGUGACAGCUACCUGGUGAAAGCCACCAACUACCUUGUGGAUAAAGAUAAACGUACUCCGCAGCAAUCCGAACCCGAGCAGGAGACAAUGCGAGCUAACAGGAACACCACCAUGGUCGUCAUCGUCAUCUUCGUGGUCUAUAUAAUCUGCUGGGCACCGAACCACUUCACCUUCCUCGGUUUCAACCUCGGAAUGGAGUUGGAUUUCACCGGAAAAUGGUACCACACGACCGUAUUGCUUGCCUUCGUCAAUUCAUGUACAAACCCGUUCAUUUAUGCGAUUAGACUUAAGACCUUCCAAAGAGGAUUGGUCCACAUAUGCCGCCUUGGCUGCCACCCCAUCUCUUCGGCGCGCUUCGACUCACAAGAAACAACAAGUCGGUACCGGGUCAAUGCGUCUGUCUUGUAAACCGGAAGGUUUUAGCUUGUAGAUAAUUUUCAAGGUGCUCCAUUCUUUUGACUGUAAUAUUUACAUGUUCAUUUUGUGUCUGAAAUAUUUAUUCUUAAUGGACUUGUGAAGUUGUGAAAGAUAGUGAAUAUUUUCUUUAAUGCUGAAAAUGAUAUUCAUGGUGCAUGAAUACAAUUUAUUUCUCUAUAAAGGAAAGCACCUUCUUGUCUCUAAUACGUCUGGGAAUAUGUAAUGUCUUUGAUCUUUCUGAAAUCACAUUUUGGAAGUGCAUAUACAUUUGCAUCCCCAUUAAGCUUCAUACCAGGCAUGCCAGGUGGAUUAUCAGUAUUUUUCUAUAAUAUUUUUGUCUUCAUAACCAUAAUCCCGAUAAUAACUUGUCCCUAUCUAGGCCGGGGGGGCCUCGGAGGCCCCCC